UGGGAGAUCUUUCCAGGAGUGUUACCCUGAAAGGCAAGAAUAAGAGGAGUGAGUUGAGGCUUUCUGUCCUCAGCUGUGUCCUGUACUACAGACUGUUAACAAGGCCCUGCUCUCUCCAUUUGCACUUUAUCCAUCUCUUUUUAAAUAAGGCCAAAAAUGUGUUUCUGGAUGUUCCUCUCCCUGCUUCCUACUGUCUAGAAAAGAAUGGCUCAAUUACUGUCACAGGACACCUCCAGCUAGUGAGAGAUUUUCCCUUCAGUUAGGAGAAACUCGUGACCACAGUGCUGGAGGCUGACAGUUCCACCCUAUUUUCUUCUCUAUGUUCUUCAUGGGCAGCAGAAGUUCAGACACUGUUUUGGACCCACAGAUUUGGGAACUCUUGAUAACAUUUUCCCCCAGGAAGGAGCACUGGAAGCUCCUUGGCAACCUGAAGACCACAGUGGAAGGUUUGGUGUCCAUAAGCAACCCAAAUGUCUGGUCCAAGUAUGGUGGCUUGGAACGGCUCUGCAGAGACAUGCACAGCAUCCUCUACCAUGGGCUCAUCCAUGACAAGGUGUGCUGCAGACAGAAGGAUUACUGGCAGUUUGUGAAGGACAUUCGCUGGCUGAGUCCAGGCUCUGCUCAUCAUCUGGAGAAGUUCAUCAGCCUGCAGGAGAGCAGCCAGCGUGACCCCGAGGGCCCAGGGGACCAGGCCAUUGCGCAGCUGUGGCUGCAGCACAGCCUGCAGUGCCACUGCCUGUCAGCGCAGCUGAGGCCACUCCUGGGGAACCGGCAGUACAUUAGGAAGUUCUACGCAGAUACUGCCUUCCUGCUCAGUGAUGCCCAUGUGACGGCCAUGUUACAGUGCUUGGAAGCUGUUGAGCAGAACAACCCCAGGCUUCUGGCUCAAAUUGACACCUCCAUGCUGGCCGGCACGUCACUGCCAUCCCUGUGUACGUCAGACCCUUCUGCUGGGACAAGAGAGAUGUGUGAUCACAGUGGUGAGGGACACAAGAGCCGUCUGCCGGGAACGCUGGGCUGCCUGGAUCAUUUCACUGAGAGCCUGCUUACCAGGAAGAGUGACAAUCCAUCUCCAGUGACCAAGAGUCAAAGCCUGACUGCCCUCCCUGCAUCCUCGUGUGUCCCUGCUGCCACCUGCUCACAGCAGCGCUGCUUUGGGUCCUUCUCCAGCCUCCAGCAUCCAGCCUCCUCUGGCCUCCCAGACAGGAGACCAGUGAGUUCCUGUGGCAACUCCAACUCCAGCCAGUCCCAGGGGCGCUGCCCAUCCACCCGGUCCUCCUCCUUCAGCGAGGGAAGGUCCCCUCUGGAGCAGCCCAGCUCUGUCACCCACUUCCAAGUCCCCUCACCCAAAGACCCCUUCUCUCCAGCCAGUGAGAUGAGCUCCAGCACCACCAGCCAGAGCGAGGACACUUGGACAGGGAGUCAGGAUGAUCCACAGAGUGAUGUUAAUGACGGGCCGGAGUACCUGGCCAUUGGGAACUUGGGACGCCGGGGCCGGGCAUGCAGCACCAGCAGCACCAGCAGCACCAAGAGCAGUAGCUCCAAACUCUUCUCCUCCAGCAGCUCCCAGAAGCUGGACUCAGUAUCAUCCCUGGGGGAGCAGGGAGCAAGUGGAGGUGGCAGCAGGGGCCUGAGCCUGUUGCGCCGGUCCAGCUUCUCAGAGGGACAGUCUGCAGCUCCACAGGGCAUCCUCAAGAAGAGCCACGUGCGCUCACACUCUGACACCAACGUGACUUCUGGGAAGUUACACGAGUCCCAUGGUGAUCCAAGUGGAGGGAGAGGGCCGGUCUCUGCUUCCACACAGAGCAGUGAACUGAGCACAACCAGCUCCCUCUACAUGGAGUAUGACUCUGGACAGUACCUGAGUUCGGGGGAAGGGAUGUUCAGGAGACCUUCAGAAGGGCAGUCCCUCAUCAGCUACCUCUCUGAGCAGGACUUUGGCAGCUGUGCAGACCUGGAGAAGGAGAAUGCCCACUUCAGUAUCUCAGAGUCCCUGAUUGCUGCCAUUGAGCUCAUGAAAUGCAACAUGAUGAGCCGGCAGCUGGAGGAGGAGGAAGAAGACAGUGACAAGGAGAUCCAGGAGCUUAAACAAAAGAUUCGCAUUCGGCGCCAGCAGAUCCGCACCAGGCACCUGUUCCCUACCUGCCAGGAGAUGGGCUCAGACAGUCUCAUGGCAACAGACAGUGGGUCCCAGUUCAGCUCCCAUGGCUCCAUGCGGCUCUCUGACUCUGGCUCUGCAGAGGAUGUGGAAGAGUAUGAGAUCCGAGAUGGUAACGAUGGAUCUAACCUGAUUCAAAUGUCCAAGAACGGCCUCUCAGUGUCAAUGGCUUCCUUGUUCUCAGAUGCAGACAUCAAGAGGAACCCAGACUCCAGCAGGAAGUCCUUUCUCUCCUCGGACUCCAUAUCCCACUCCUUCCUCAAUUCAAACUCGGCAGAGGCAGUGGCCAUGGGCUUGCUGAAGCAGUUUGAGGGCAUGCAGCUCCCAGCUGCCUCUGAACUGGAGUGGCUGGUCCCUGAGCAUGAUGCCCCACAGAAGCUCCUGCCCAUCCCUGACUCUCUGCCUAUUUCUCCCGAUGAUGGAGAGCACGCCGACAUCUACAAGCUGAGGAUUCGGGUGCGCGGAAACCUGGAGUGGGCCCCGCCAAGACCGCAGAUCAUCUUCAAUGUUCACUCUGCCCUAACGAGGAAGGUGGCUGUGGCCAAGCAGAAUUACCGGUGUGCAGGCUGUGGGAUCCGGACUGAUCCUGAUUACAUCAAGCGGCUGCGGUACUGUGAGUACCUGGGCAAGUAUUUCUGCCAGUGCUGCCACGAGAACGCCCAGACCGUCAUCCCCAGCCGCAUCCUGCGCAAGUGGGACUUCAGCAAGUACUAUGUGAGCAACUUCUCCAAAGACCUGCUGAGCAAGAUCUGGAGUGACCCACUUUUCAACGUGCAAGCUAUCAAUCCUGGCCUGUACCAGAAAGUGAAGGCUCUCAACCAAGUGCGGCUGCUGCGAAUCCAGCUUUUCCACAUGAAGAACAUGUUCAAGACAUGCCGGCUAGCUAAAGACCUCCUGGACUCCUUUGACACAGUGCCUGGCCACUUAACAGAGGAUUUGCACCUUUACUCGCUGAGUGACUUCAGUGCCAUCAAGAAAGGGGACCUGAUACCUCGCCUGACAGAGCUCCUGAAGGCAGGCAGCCUGCACAUUGACAAGUGCAUGUUGUGCCAAGCCAAAGGCUUCAUCUGUGAGUUCUGCCAGAAUGAGGAUGACAUCAUCUUCCCCUUUGAGCUCAACAAGUGCAGGACAUGUGAAGAUUGCAAAGCCUGCUACCACAAAUCCUGCUUCAAAUCCACCCCCUGUCCCCGCUGCGAGCGUCUUCGAGCCCGGAGAGAGCUGAUGGACAAGCAGAGCAUGGAGUCCUGCAUCUCGGACUAUGAGGACAAGCUGGAGCAGCCAGAGGCAGUGGCAGCCACAUGAGCAUGUUAUAGCCAAGGAGCAGAUCAUGGGUUUAUUUAUGUGCAUGGCCUUCAUCACCAGAGACUGAGCCACGUGACCUGGGGAUGAGGAGGACUGUUGGGAGGCCUGGAGCACUGUCUUGAAGGGAUCUCUUUUCCCUUAUGCAGUAGUGCUGGGCUGGGAAAGGAGCAUAUUCCACUAUGUGGAUCUGCUCCAGGUACCACUCCCAGUCCCUGCUGCCUUUGCUUGGGGGGAGGCAGCUGCUCCUGCCUAUCCUGCAGGCAGAAACAGGGACCUUUUCCGAGGAGUUGUUCAUGCUGGACCUGGCAGGGUUGUGCUGUCCAUCCCUGUGCCCUGCUCCAAGCCAAGCAGGGUCUCCUGAAGCGUCAGCACUUCCUGCUCAUCAGCUAUAUACUUGGAAGCUCUGGUCACAUCUGCUCCUUGGAGGAGGGAAUCAGGUCUCAGUCCUCUGAUCCUCCAUUCUGCUGCUGGGGGUUGUGUGCAUGGAGGGAGGGUGGGGUUUGGGGUUGGUUGUCUAUUUAACAGCUCCCUUUCUCAAAUGUGCUGUGGGACACUGCUGGAGAGCAGUUGCUCUCACUCCAGAAUCAGAGUGGAGAAGGUGGCAAUGAUGGAAGUGCCAGAUUUCCCUGUCCUGCAGAGGGACAUUGCCCCCGGAGCAGCUGCACAAGUGGAUAUGCUGAUGGACUUUUGGCAGGCAGAUCCCCAUGGCUCCAUGGAAAUCGGCCUCCAUGGGAUAUGGUGAGGCUUCUGACCCUACUUCCUCCUCAUGCUGCCAGUCUGUCCUACCAGGGAGAUAUAUCCUUCUUUAAGGAUGACAUGGGACUUCACUCUUUUGGCACCAGGACCUGCCUUGUGUGGAGCUGCCUCUCUACCUGAGACCUGUUGGGAUGCAAGUGGAGGUUCAUCCCUCCAGCUGCAUCCCCAAGCCUCUGUCUCGGUUUGUUGUUUUAGGUAGUUUGUUUUUUUUAAUGUGCUGGACUUGGUUUAUUUUUUUAAUGUGGUUGUUUAUAUUUUUAACUGUGUGUUCCCCCUCAUGGAGGUGCUGCUUGAAAUGCCUGCUUAAGGGGCAUGGGAUCUGUUUGGGACUCACCAGUAUAAAAUCUCCAGGGCUGUCCUGCUCUUGGUUCCUUAUCCCUGGAUGGAGCUGGUCCCCUCUCCCUGCAGGAUCUCCUGCUUCCCCUGGAGGAGGAAGGGUCCCUGAGCCAGGCAAGUCUUGAAGCUUCCCAGCUAUGCUGUGAUGGGAUGGUCAGGCAGCCUGCUUGCAAUGGGGAAAGCGUGGGGAGAAGGAUUUUUGCACUGAGGUGUCAAACCUCACUGCAGGGUCAGACCCAGUGGGACAAGGUGAGCUCUGUGCCCAGUUGAGGAGGUGCCUCUGCAUUGUGGGGGGAUGCUUUAGCCAUGGCAUAUCCAGCAGCAUCUCAGCACAGGUGGGAUGUGGGGUGUUAGGAAGGGUGGUGUGGCCUGUGUAUGUGCAAGGAGGGCGUCGAGGGACCAGGGAGCAAUGCACUGGCAGGAGGCCUCAAGGGGCAGUGGCUCUUGCAGCACGUGCCCUGAUUCGAGGCUGGGAUGUGACCCCUCGUGGGCUUUCCCUGUGGGGGUGGCAGGGCUGGGGAGAGAGGAGGCUGGGACCAGGAGAGGUGGCUGCAAGCCUUGCUGCUGAGGGCUGGGCUGCUGCACAGCAGCAUCUCUCACCUGCCUGCUGCAUCCUGACAAAGUCCUGAAAGCAGGGUUCAGCUCCCCACUUGCUCCCCUGGCGAUUUUGCUGCCUUGUGUCUUGCUUCUGCUUGUUUUCCUCAGCAGAGCACCUGCUCUUCUGCUGACUGUCUCUGCCAGCCCUGGGGCUGCCAGAUGCUGGUCUGCCUUGGUCUUGCCUGUCCCCAAGCCCAAGCCAAGCCUUCCUGCUACUGCUUGGAUUUGGGACCCCCUUCCCUGGAGUUGUCUCAGCAGCACACCUCCAUCCACCCUAUUUUGUUUGAAGCACUUUAAUGUCAUGGGACAGCAGCUGAGAGGCUGCCCAGAUCCCUUUCUAGAAGCACUGAGUUAUUUUUGAGAAGAGGGAAGGAAUUCUGGCUUAGUUAUAGUUUCCACCCUCCGCCAUGGACUGUGUGUGGAAGCAGCAGGACUCACAAACCUGGCACAGGUCUCCAGGGCAAGACUGUGCCCAGCACUGACACUGCUGCCCAGCACUGACAGCUACAACUAACACUGGAACUGGCCAAGACAGGGAGCUCUUUGGGAGGGAGAGCUGGGGGCUGCCCUGGCUGUCAACUGGAGCCCUCACAACGGGAUUGUUAUUGCACAGCAAUUAAAAUGCCGUCCUUAAUAAACUAAGUUAAUAAGGA